AAUGUACACAAAUGCUUGAAUAAUGGUUGUUAAGUGAGAUUCCUUCGAAUGGUCCAUUGGCCUCUGCAAGAGCUACCGCAAAACCGUUCUAACGGAGAGACCCCUACAAACUUAUGCUUUCCCAUGUAGUCACAUAGAGAUUGCAAACAGCAAGGAAACAAAGAAUGCCUCAUAAGCUUCAUUUUAAAGUGAUCCAUGCAUCUGGCCAAGAUGAUGUUUACAGAGCAUUGGAGCUUAACCAUCACAGUCCCCUCACAAAGGGAUGGCAAUCGGCAAGGUUUUGCUUGUUCCCCCAAGACAUAGUCAUACAACUCGAGUCCCGGGCCAGAUUACGGAAAAUACAAGUCUUAUCACAUCAGUACCUUGUCCCUACCAAAAUAGAAUUCUUUGUGGGAGAUGUUCCCGACGGCUCUUUGUUGUCUCUUGACAGUGCAAGAUAUGCAAGACUGGGGUAUGUUUCUCUCUCUGACAACGAAAAGACUGGCUUCAAGGCCAGAGAACUCAAGUCUGUUCACGUGGACGCUGUCGGGCAUUACUUGAAGCUCAACAUUCACAAAAAUCACGUUAACAAACACAAUCUGUAUAAUCAGGUUGGGUUGAUCGCCAUCAAUGUGAUAGGAGAUGAGCUGCACAAACCCUUCGAUAUCGUGGACCCGGAUGUGUUUCUGGGUGAUGAGCGAGUGGACAGUGACCCAGCCAUAGAGGGACUGUACAAUAAACCCGACUACAUCUCUCCACUAGACGACCUUGCCUUUGACAUGUACCAGGAUCCCGAGAUUGCUCAGAUCAUCCGCAGACUGGAGAGAAAGAAACAGGAAGCUGUUCUACGUGGGAGAGAAACUUGGCAAGAUGGAGGUGGAGAAAAGGCAGGCGGUGGAGAACGAGGACUACGACAAGGCCAAGCUGAAGAAAGUGCAGAUGGACGAGUACAGGCUGCAGGUCUAUAAGGAUCUCAACCUCAACGACCUGUUGGAGCUCACCGGGAGUCGUCACCCCCAACACAUCGACCUUGAACCAAUCCGCCUGCCGACGCCCCCGCGACUAGAGCGGCUGGAGGAGGCCCCCCCACCCACCCUCUCCCUGUUUCCCCCGAGAACUCCCCCUCGCUACGACGAGAGACCACUGCCACGGAGCAAAGCUGUAGCAGAGGCGUUAGACGUCCCCCCUGAGGACUCUCCUCCCCCACCCGUUACCGCCAGGGACAAGGCAGACAACUCCCCGCGCACGCCCUACGACGACCGGCGACUGCCGGCUCUCAAGACCAAGCCUCUUCCAGUAGAAGAAGAGCCAGAGCUAGAGCCUGAUAUUUCACAAGAACCAGAGCCCAUGUCUGAAGUGGACCUGAGAGAGGCAUCCACAGCUAUCGACGUUUUUGGCUUGGCUUUGAAUCACGAAAGCAGACACAUCGUACGCUGUAGAGAAAAGCCUCCAGAACCUUCUGCACAAGGCCGGAGACACGGCUGUGAGGAACCGCGACGAUGCUAAAAACUUUAUCUAUGAAAUGGCAACUUUUCCCGAAGUCAAGCCCAUCCAGACGGUGCCCCACGAGUGUGUGAAGCCCUUCAAGCUGACCAUGGGCCCGCGGCUGGCACAGAGCCGCUGUGAGAUCAUGGAGACGCUCUACAACAAGUUUGGACUCAAGAAUGGCUUCACCAUGGACAAUGUGAUGAACUUCAACGUGCAGGCUUUACAGCACAACGCUGGUGAGGUCAGAGAGGUCACAGAGAAACUCAUCAAAAAGAUGUACAAAGACCACGGGGCUCCCAUCAAGGACUACCUCCCUGCAGAUGAUGAAAAGACUCGCAAGAACACCCUGUGGAGACAACUGUUUGAAUAUUUUGAUCAAGUCGACGGAAAACCAUCCAAGUCUGACCUGAAGAAACAAAAGGCAGAGGAAGAGACGAAGAAACAGGCCGAGAUUGACGCCUUACAGAAACAGCUGCAGCAACUCCGAGACAUGAACGCCGGCAAAGCUCCUGUUGACCCUGCAGUGGUCAAGAGUGAACCGAAAAAAGCUCCGGCAAAGCAGAAAAAGCCAGAGGUCAAGGGUAAAGGGAAAAAGGCCAAGGACGAUGACGAAGUUUCCAAUUUCACAGUUGAUAACAUUUGUAUCUUCUGCAACGAGAGGAACGAAAGCUUCACGGAGGAAGGUCUGGACAUUCACUACUGGAAAAGUUGUCCAAUGCUCAAACGUUGUGCCAACUGUAAACAGGUUCCAAAGCCGCGGGGAGAGGACGGGGAGGGAGAGGUGGGGCCGUGCGAGGCAGGAAGUGACGGAACCAUCGACUUUCACAACAUGGCAUUCGCUGAGGGACAUGAUGAUAUAGUCAACCUUUCGCAUCAUGACAUUUCCUGAGGCGCAGGAUAUAGUCAGCCUUCGUUUCUCUCAUUAUGUCAUUCACGGAGGGGUGUCAUGGUAGGCAGUGCAAGAACUGGUACCGUAAAAUUCUUAUAUAUUUCUAUAGAUUGUCUUUUCUCACCAGUUCUGGGGCUUGAUCUGGGCAUGAUAUGUUCUCAAUACUCUUGUCUUUGUACUACCUUGUUAUGUAUUGCUGUUAAAAUGUUCAUCUUUCUAUCUCUCUUUCUCUCUUUCUCUCUCUCACUCUCUCUCUUUCUCUCUCUCUCUCUCUCUCUCUCUCUUUCUUUCUCUCUCUCUCUCUCUCUCUCUCUCUUUCUCCUAUUUUUCCCAUGUUUGAGUAUCAUCU